UUUUUUUCUACUUCUUUUUUUUUUAUUUUUUAUUUAUUUAUUUAUAUAUUAUAUAUAUAUCUCUUUCAAUUAGUUAUGAAAUAUCCUAUUAGUUCGGCCAUUGGACUUUUUCUUGGUAUAAGUCAAGUUAUAGCUGCAAGUCUUCCUUUACAUUCAGAACAACAAGAACUUGUACCUAACUUUGGACCUGAUGGUAUUCAUCGGGAAUAUAUUGCAGAUACAACUAUUCCUUCUUCUUAUCAAGCCGCGUUAACUGGACAAAUAGAACCUGUACAAGCUGCUUUGGACUUUGUACAUUCCCGUCUUACUUCAAGUGAAUUCAUUGUCCAUUCUUCUUACAAGUCAGAUCUCAAUGGUGUAACUCAUGUCCAUCUUCGUCAAGUUGUUAAAGGUCUACAAGUUUUGAACGCAAAUAUCAAUGUUAACGUCCUUCCAAAUGGUCAAAUCUUAUCUUAUGGCGAUUCCUUUGCAAAGUCUCAUAUUAAAAUUCAAAAAUUAUUUUCUCCUACUUCUUUUUUCCAGCAAGUUCAAAGUGGAUUGGCACAAAUCAUUUUGGGUAGUAACCGCAGUCUUAAGCAAAGUGAUCAACGAUUCUCCGAAGAAGCGGCAAAAGUGGAAGAACAAUACAACUUUGUUAAAGGUCACAACUUGAUUUCGCCCAAUGAAGCAGUGGUAGCACUAUUGGACUUUGUGAAACCAAAAUUACCAGAUCCAAGCAUCGCCUCAAAAUUACGCCCUGAUGAUCUAACGCCUACGCAUUCUCUUCGACCUCAUGAUGAUGAUGGCAAUGGUGAACCUACUCUACAAUUCGAAGGUGUUCCCUUUUCUCUUAACCCAGUCCGUGUUCGUCGAGCUUAUGUGCAACAAAACAAUGGUGAUCUCGCUCUUGUAUGGGAUGUAGAAAUGGAACUGGAAGAUAACUGGUAUAGUGGUCAAGUCCAUGCCUUUGAUGGUACUAUGGUUAGUCUUAUUGAUUGGGUUCAUGAAUCUGGUCCUGUUGAUACUUAUUACAAUGUGAUUCCAUUUGGUGCCAAUGAUCCUUCUGACUCUGAUCAACAAUUAAUCAAGAAUCCUUACGAUUUAUUCGCUAGUCCUGAAGGUUGGCAUUCACAAGGUGGUUAUAGCGGGAAAGGUCAAAAUCAAAUAUUCAACGUGACAGUCGGUAACAAUGUCUAUGCCCAUACUAAUCCAGAUGGCGGAUACAACUGGGAAAACAAUUAUCGACCUCAAGGACAUACUGGUGGUGAAUCUGGUGAUGCUCUGGUAUUUGAUUACAAGGCUAGAUUUGAUGUGGAUGAACCUGAAACUUACGAAGAUGCCGCAGUGACCAAUUUAUUCUACUGGUGUAAUACCGCGCAUGAUUUGUUCCAUCGUUAUGGGUUUGAUGAAAAGGCAGGUAACUUUCAACAAGACAAUCUAGGUCGUGGACGGGCUAAGGAUCAACAAGUAGAUGAUGGCGAAGGUGACGCUGUAGUGGCCAAUGCUCAAGAUGGUUCUGGUCGAGAUAAUGCCAAUUUUGCUACUCCUCCAGAUGGUCAACAUGGCAAGAUGCGAAUGUAUGUAUGGGACCAAACAAGUCCUAUGCGUGAUGGUGAUUUUGAAAGCGGUAUUGUGAUUCAUGAAUAUACACAUGGUGUUUCCAAUCGUUUGACUGGUGGUCCAAAGAACAGCAACUGUCUUGGUUAUGGUGAAGCUGGUGGUAUGGGUGAAGGUUGGGGUGAUUUUGUUGCCACCAUUAUUCGUAUGAAGCCUGAAUACAAACGUGAUAUUGAUUUUGGUAUGGGUAAUUGGGCCAAUGGUGGUGAAGGUAUUCGAAAAUACAAGUAUUCUACAAGUCAAUCCACCAAUCCUAGUACUUACCGUAUUAUGGACCGAUUUGAUUAUUGGGGCGUUCAUGCUAAAGGUGAAGUGUGGGCCGAAAUGCUUUAUGAAGUGUAUUGGAAUUUAGUCGACAAGCAUGGUUUUACUCCUGAUUGGCUCCCUCCUGCCACUGUUACUACUACAAACAAUCGUGGUAUACCUAUCAUGUCUGAUGAAGAUAUUCAAAAUGCAAAGAAUCAUAUUAUUUCUCAUGGUAACACAUUGGCUUUACAAUUAGUCUUGGAUGGUAUGAAACUUCAACCUUGUUCUCCUUCCUUCACUGAUGCUCGGGACGCUAUUUUGGAUGCUGAUAAGGCUUUGACUGGAGGUGCCAAUUAUUGUGAUAUUUAUGCUGGUUUUGCUAAACGUGGAUUGGGUGUCAAGGCUAAAUUGGCGAAACAAGGAUGGAUUGAACAACGCAAGGAAAGCUUCGAUGUCCCACCUCAAUGUCGCUAGAGUAAUUCCUCCUUGGAUUAUAUGUAGAUUUCCUCAUUUACUUUAGUGUAAUUUAUUUGUUUGAUAUUUUUUUUUAUUCAUUUUAACUUUUUGCUUGAUUGGUUUGUUAUCAAAAGGGCAAACAGUAUUGUAGUAUAUGUUUUACAUUUUUUUUCUUCUCUUCUGUUUAGUUUUUACCCUUUUCUUUUUUUUUUUUUUUUUUUGUGAUGCCUUUCAUUCUCCA